CAAGAAGACAGAUCUGGCCACUGUAGCUCUGGCAAGGUGUUGAGGAGUGCGGCGCUGCAUUCGUCGCCGCUCAUCAGAUCGAACUCAUCCCGCUCCCCGUGUGCUAUUCCGCCAUAACGGACGUCAGCAACGGCUGAGGGCUGAAGGGCUAACUAACCAAGGAAGGGGCUGCGGUAGGGAUGACAGCGAUGAGCAAGAUGGCGCGCCCCUCGGUCAUGUUUGCCCUCGCCGGCCUCACUCUAGCCAUCGCACCCUGCGCCGCCUACGCCUUCUGGAGGACCGGGGCGGUGCGGGGGGUCCGCAGGGGACUACGGAUGCUCGCUGGCGCCAAACCCACACCACCAAAGGCCAACAAACUGCCGCAGAAAGUCGUAUUCGGCAAAAUUGAGGGCGAGGCGCGGUGAGGGGGGUGGGUGAGAGAGGGGGGGCUCUGGGUGUGGUUCUGAUUUCAUUUCCUGUGUGUGAUGUGUUCUCUGUUGUGUGUGUGUGUGUGUGUGUGUGUGUUUGUGUGUGUGUGUCAGGGGUGCGGCUGGUGACGUGCUGAUGCACACGGCUACUGCAGAGGACCCCUACUUCUGGCUGAGGGUUAGUGAGUGGACGAUUCACCUCACCUGUCUGUCAGGGGAGAGAUGAGAGAGAUGUGCUUUGCCUCUAUGUGUGCUGUGUGCUGUUCAGGAUAGCGAGCGUAAGGACCCGGCCAUGUUGGCCCACCUGGAGGCCGAGAACGACUAUGCCGACCAGAUGCUCAAGCCACUCAAGGCCCUCAAGGACCAGGUUUUCGGCGAAUUCCUCGCACACAUGAAGGAAACUGACGAGCGGGUCAGGAAACGGCUGACUAAAUGGGCACGGUCCAUCCAUCCGUCGCCCAUCCUGUCACACACAUGGCUGGUUGGUUGUUGGACUGACAGGUGCCGUAUCCCCACGGCGGGUGGUACUAUUACUCGCGUACGGUGAAGGGGCUGGCGUACGACAUCUACUGCCGCAAGAAGACCCUCGACGGCGAUGAGGUCAUACUCCUCGACGUCAACAAACUCGCAGAGGGCAAGAAGUUCUGCGACGUCGCUGGUACUACAGUGAGAUCAUCCAUCUAGAACUGACGUCCGUAUUGUGAUGGAUCGUUUGUGUGUGUCGUUGGUGUGUGUAGAGCUGCACCCGAGCCCAUCGCACACGAUCAUGGCGUACUCGGUCGACUUCCAGGGGUCAGUCAGUUUACCCACCACAUGUGACACAGACAGGCAGACCAUCCACACACACACACAUCUCUGUCGUGUGUGUGUUGCCCAGAUACGAGACCUACGACAUCUACUUCAAGAACCCCACCACAGGUGGGUGCCUAACACUCCACAAUCAGCAAGGCACGGGAUUGCCGAGCCCACACUGAGUGUUAUGUGUGGUGUGUGUGUCAAUCGACAGGGGAAUUGUUAGAUGACGUGCUGCACGAUACCUACGACUCGUUCGUGUGGGGGGCGGACGAGUCCACCAUCUACUACUGGACGUUCGACGAGGCACACAGGUGCGCACACAGAAGGGAAAGUCAGGACCGACAGCACAGCACGACAGCGGGCGGCGCGUGUGUGUAUGUCUGUGCUCUGCAGGCCUUACAAGUUCUGGCGUCAUAUUCUGGGCACUCCCCAGUCGGAGGACGUCAAUCUGUUCACUGAGGACGACAACACCUUCUAGUAUGGAACCAGCACCAGCGCACACACACGUAUGAAAACACCGCUGUCUGUCUGUUGUCUUCCGUGUGUCAGUGUUGGCAGCGGCAAGACGCAGAACAGCCGGUUCAUAGUGGUCGAGAGCUCUUCCACCGCACCCACCAGCGAAGCACACUACAUCGACCUCAAGGUCAAGAGGCAACAGCCAUCCACCCCACACACACACACUCUUUGUGUCCGUGUGUGCAUCACAUCCUCAGGGUGUGUCAGGUGCUGAGGGUCACAAGAGUGCCCCCCUGGUGUUGUUCCAGGAGCGCACGAGGGGCAUCCAGUUCGACCUCGAGCAGUGGGGCGACCAGUGGUGGAUCGUCACCAACAAAGACAAAGCCAUGAACAGCAAAAUCAUGACGUGAGCGAUCGCACACCCACCACACAUAGACAGGCGCGGAUGCUGCACCCAUCCAUGCAUCCAUGCAUCCAUCCAUGUGUGUAUGGGUAUGGGUGUGCGUGUGUGUGUCGUGCAGGUGUCCGCUGGGCAACACGACGUUUGAGCACUGGAAGGACUGGCAGCCGUAUGACCCCAAAACCAGAAUCAAGGCCAUCACACCGUUCAAGGUGAGUUUGGAUCCCCAGCCAAACAGCAAGAUCCUCUCUCUCUGUGUGUGUGUUGGCGUGAAUGAUGGUCAGGAUCACAUCGCAGUGUCGGGUCGCAAGGGCGGCUACCAGCAGAUGUGGAUCAUCAAACCUGCGGAAGGUCAGCAACCCACACACAUGUCUGUCUAUGUCACCACACAUUUACCCCAGUGUGUCACAUCACAUUUGGUGUGUGUGUGUGUGUGCGUCUGCCUGACGUGCAGACACGUGGUACCAGAUAGACUGGCCCGAGGAGCUGCACUCGAUCACCAUCAGCACCAACGAAGAGUUCGACACGGACGUCGUCAGAGUCACGGUAUGUCGAGACAUACACACAGACACACACACACGGACAAUCCGUGUCUCUCUCUCUCUCUCUGUGUGUGUGUGUGUGUGUCUGCGUGUGGUGGAUGGAUCAGUACUCGUCGAUGACGACCCCCCGGCAAACGCUCGACUUCAACAUGACCACACAGUGAGCCAUCACGACACACAUGCACACACAUGCACACACAUGCACACACAUUCACACACACGCACAUCUCACUCACUGCUACGUCCAUCUUGCAGGGAUCAGAAGUUGCUGAAGGAGCAGCCUGUGCCGCACUACAACCGGACUGACUACGCCUCAGAGCGUAUCUACGCCACGGCCGUCGACGGCACCCAGAUACCCAUGUCACUCGUUUACAAGUACGCGUGUUCGUGCGGCAGGGAGACGCUGCCUGGGACCAUAACGUAACUUUUGUUGUGUUGGUCGCGAUGAUCAGCUCCAAGAUCUACCCCGACGGCAUCCACAAAGUGGGGCGUCUCCCCAUCCUCCUAUACGGUAUCCGUCCCUCCCUCCACACACACAUCACAUGAGCACACCCCGUGUACCCAUUCACGGCUGCGUGUGUGUGUGUGUGUGUGUAGGAUACGGUUCCUACGGGAUAUCGCUCGACCCCGACUUCGACUACCGCAGGCUGAGCUACCUCGACAGAGGGGUCGUGUACGUCAUGGCACACAUUAGGGGCGGGGAGGACGAGGGCAGGGAGUGGUACGAGGAGCAGGGCAAGUUCCUGACCAAGAAAAACACGGUUAGCACACAGACGGAAGUCACGCGGUGAUCGAUAUCGACGUCUGCCUCCUCUGUGUGGUGUGUUGAUGGAUGGCUUCAGUUCAGCGACUUCGUCAGCUGUGCGGAGUACUUGGUGUCCGAGGGAUACACCAACACCGAGAGCAUCUGUAUCAAUGGUACUUCACUACCACAUUCUCACAGACGUCACACGCGUCAGAUAUCGCAUCAUAUCGUAUGGUGUGUGUCUUGAUGCAGGUCGUAGUGCUGGCGGCCUGCUGAUCGGUGCAUCACUGAACCUGCGGCCUGAUUUGUUCAAGUGCGUCAUCACAGCCGUCCCCUUUGUAGACGUCCUCAACACGGUCAGUGCGGGCGGGAGUGGGGACGGGCCGGCCGCAAUGCAUCGAUCCGUCCAUCGUCAACGGGUGUAUGCGUGUGUGCAGAUGUCGGAUCCGUCCAUUCCGCUGACCACUGGCGAGUGGGAGGAGUGGGGCAAGUAAGCCAAGCCACAAACCACAUACAUCCAUCCCAUCCGCCCGUGUGUUUAUGUGAAUGUGUGGAUGUGUGUCAGUCCCAACAUCAAGGAGUACCACUACUACAUGAAGGAGUACUCGCCCUAUGACAACGUUCGCGCCACCCGAUACCCCGCCAUGUUCGUCACGGCCGGACUCUGGGACUCGAGAGUCGCCUAUUGGGAACCGGCCAAAUGGUGGGUGUGCGCAUGAGUGACAACACACACGCAAGCAGAUGGUGAAUUGCGUGUGUUUGUAUGUCGUCGAUAUCAGGGUGGCGAAGCUGCGUGACUUCAAGACGGACGACAACCCGAUCAUCCUCAAAGUCGACACUGCCGCGGGACACUUCAGCGCUUCAGACAGAUACAGGGUCAGUCAACCCAGUGCACCCAUUGCAAGAACCGAUACGCACCGAUACGCUGUGUGUGUGUGUGUGUGUGUGGUAUGUCUGUGGAAUGCAGCACAUGCGUGAGCGCGCGUUGGAGACGGCCUUUGUGCUGGACCAGCUCUCGUCCACAGAGCUGCUCGUCCCCGGCCCACCGCUGCCUGACCUCCCUCCUGAGCCAAAGGAGUCAUCAAGGUCGUAGACAAGACACACCAGGGGCGGCGCGUAGACAGACAGACAGACAGGCAGACAGGUGGUGUUGUUUUCUGUGUAGGUACGCGAUUGUGAACAUGUAAAGGUGUAGUCAGGGAGACGGACGCGGGCCUGUGUACAUGUGUGUACAUGUUUGGAUUCGCUCAAGACGGACGGGAGGGAGGGAGGGAGGGAGGGUCGGCCUAUUGGUUUGGCGGGAUGUGUCGAUCUAUGGUGUUUACAAUGUUCCAAAGGGGAGGCGAGGGAAGUGUUUGCUGGGGAUCUUGACGAUGAGGCGCAAGGGGGGUGCAGCAAAGCGUCCUACGCGGCCCAGCCGGCCGGCUGUUGCGUAGGCCCGACCUGUACAUGGAUGUCGUCUACUCUUGUUCUAUUCCUCCGGUCUGUGUGGAUGCAUGUCAGUGGCUAUCUUUCUGUCUGUCAGUGUCUUAUGGGGUGCGGUACGGUGAGGCGGGGCUGGGGGAGUGGGCGACUGAAAGGUCCUUCCGAUGAUCGAUACGAUAAGCAAUCGUUGACAACGUUUUGCAUAAGGGUGGCUCCGGCGGCGUACUGCGUGUGUGUGAGGGACGCGUGCGUAUGUGCGUGCGUGACAUCUGCCGGCCUCUAUGAGACUCAUCUGUGGAUGUGUGUGUGUGUGUG